GGAGGCGUUCCUUUCUUUGCCAUAGCCUGUGGAGCUUUCUUCAGCAUUUCAGAGCAGACUCUCCAGGUUUCUGAUACGGAUUCACAGUGGUGAUUUGACAGUGAUCUUCCGGGCCUUCAGCCUUGCUCCUGCAUCCUUCAUGCAGUGAGCAGUCAGUGUUCUCAGCCUCUGAUGCCUCAGAGACCCCCUAAUGCAGCGAUGCAGCAAGGAAAAGAAACCAGCAAGCCCACGAUUGCUACAUACAACAGCAUGGAUGGAUCCUGAAUGCAUGAUGUCUAGAGUAGGAAGCCAGACCUGAGACCCAAGAGCACAAGUGCUGCGUGAUUCCACCUGUGUGAGCGGCAGGGACAGGAGAGAUUUCUUGUAAUAGAAGACAGAGGGGAAGGGAGCAUGACCCUGAGCAAGACCAACCACUGCUGAAUAAAUACAAACUGAGAAUUCAGCCAGCAGACGCUCCGUCUCUACACCAGGAGUGCAAAGCCAUAUCCAGGACUCAAGCAACAAGAUGGACAGAGUGCCCAUCAUCUGUGACUACGGCUCAGGCUUCAGCAAGAUGGGAUUUGCAGGAAAUGAGGCCCCCCUGGCUGUCUUCCCAACCAUCCUGGGAAAACUUCGGCAUGAUACUGUGUUGGUGGGAAUGGAGGAGGAAGACUGGUUUACUGGAGAUGACGCCCAGGAAAACAGAGAGAAACUCAUUCUGCAGUAUCCUAUCUCCCGGGGAGCUGUCGCCAGCUGGGACAACCUGGAGAAGAUUUGGCAUCAUUCCUUCUACCAGGUACUCCGCAUCGCUCCCGAAGAGCAUCCUCUGAUGGUGACUGAACCACCUUUAAAUUCAGCAUCCACCAAAGAGAGAGUGUGCCAGAUCCUGUUCGAGACCUUCAAUGUACCUGCCCUGAGUUUAACCAAUCAAGGAGUCCUUUCUCUGUAUGCUUCGGGCCAAACUUCUGGAACAGCUAUUGAAUCUGGAGAAGGAAUGACAUAUUUUGUUCCUGUCUCUGAUGGCUGCCCCUUGCACCAGUCGACCUUCCAGCUGGAUGUGGCUGGCCAAGAUCUGACCUUGUACCUCCUGCAACUGUUGGCCGAGAGGGGGAGCUUGUUAGUGGGCACAGCUGACCGAGAGCACAUCCGGAAUGUGAAAGAGAAAUGCUGCUAUGUGGCACUGGACUUUGACAAGGAGAAGGUGGAAGACAGAGACUCAUCUUCCCGCCCCCAGAAAUUCCAGCUUCCUGAUGGACAGGAGAUCAGCCUUGGGCAGGGGGCUUUCCUCUGCCCAGAGGCGCUCUUCCAGAACAACCUCAUAGGGAGAAGCACCCCGGGGAUCCACAUGAUAGCCAUGCAGAGCAUCACCUCCUGCAACCCAUCUCUCUGGAAGACCCUCUUCAGCCACAUCGUACUAUCUGGAGGCACAGCCUCCUGCUCUGGCUUGCUAUUAAGAUUGCAGAGAGAACUAACACGACUGGUUUCCCCUACUAUAGACGUGAAGAUGGCUCUCCAUCUGCUGCAAACUCCACAGGCCAACUUGGGUGACAUAUCUCCUGCUGUCGGCUCAUGGGAGAUCCUCAUCAGAGUGACACUGCUGUUCCUGUCAGCCGACCUGCAACCUGUGUCCUCCCCUGGCAGGUGUCCACCUCUCCCUAUGCCAAGUACAGUGCCUGGGUAGGCGGCUCCAUCUUGUGCUCCUUGUCAACUUUCAAGGACACGUGGGUCACCAGCAGUGAAUACAAGGAUAUUGGCUGCUCCAUCAUCAGUAGAAGAAGCUUCUAAGUUAGGACUCUCUGGGUCCUAUUACCUUCGCCAUCAACACCAAAUCCAGGCCAAGCUUCAGCUGAAUCAAUCAGUGCUCAUGACCAGCUCACAUACAAGGCCCUUCCUCCCUAGAGGUCA